AUGAGCAGCCCACGGCGCAGGAUCGAGACAGAUGUCAUGAAAAUGUAUGCACAACCGCCUCCCGACCCUGCCGACCUCUUCCGCGCUGACCGAUUCGCAGUGCAAGAGUUCUAUGUUAGGUUCAAGGGACCUGCAGAAACGCCAUUCGAGGGCGGCCUGUGGAAGGUCCACGUCGAACUACCGGAUACGUACCCGUAUAAGAGCCCGAGCAUCGGAUUCGUGAACCGCAUCUUCCACCCCAACAUUGACGAGUUGUCCGGCUCCGUGUGCCUCGACGUCAUCAACCAGACCUGGUCGCCCAUGUUUGACAUGAUCAACAUCUUCGAGGUGUUCCUACCACAGCUCCUGCGAUACCCGAACCCGACGGACCCCCUCAACGGCGAGGCCGCCGCUCUUCUGAUACGAGAGCCGAAAAGCUACGAAGCCAAAGUCAAGGAGUACGUCCAAAAGUAUGCGACAAAGGAUGCCGCCGACGAGGCCGGCGCGGAGAGCGAAGACGACGACGACAUGUCCUCGGUCGCCAGCUUCGACAACGACGAGGACGAGGAGCCCGCCGGUCAAAUGGACGACGUAUGA